ACGGAAUAACAAUUGGUUAAAAUAUUCUACUUUCCAAAAACCAUGACAGUCUGAUAAAUAUAUUUAUAAUUUAGCUAGAAACGUUCAGACAAGGAAUUGGGAAAAGAGCACGAUGAAAACUUAUAUCGGAAGCCACGCCUUAUCGCUGUUGCAAUGAUGACAAAAAAAGAUAUUUGUUCAUACAAAGUUGUGUUCAAAUUUCUAAGAAAUAAAGGAAUUGUUCCAACAAAAGUUAUGGCAGACUUUGAGACAGCAAUAAGGAAUCAGUGGAGCAUAUCUGUCCAGAAGCCCAAAUGCUGGGAUGUUGGUUCCACUUCUGCCAAGCAAUUAGACGCAGAUUUGAACGAAGAACAAAUAUGCGCCAAACGUCUAAUUGGAAUGUUUCAGCAACUACCAAGGGAUCAUAUUGAGAACGGUUUAAUGGAAAUAAUGGAGCUUCAAAAACGUUAUCAUUUGCACGUGGCCUUAAAAGAUUUUAACACAUACUUUAAAAACUUCUGGAUGAGACAAGUUACUACAGAUGUCUUUUGUGUUUCUAAUGUUGAGGCAAGAACCAAAAACUAUGUAGAGAGUUUAUUUGCCAAAAUGAAAAAAAACAUACCAACAAAGCCAAAUAUUUAUUGCCUUCUGCAAAAUUUGAUUAGCCUUGUGAACGAAACGCACAUGAAGUUUCUGUAUGAAAAGGGGAAUGGAGUGCGAAUUAUAGACCAUAGCUUCCUCGAACCUGAACUGUUCCGAACUGCUUUUUCUUCACGACUUAUUCGUUGUGAACAAUUAACAUUGUAA